UCGGUUUCACGGACCAUCUAACGGUGACGCACAACAUGCCGCCUUACUGCUGGUUGUUUCUCGGCGUGUUUUUAUUUCUGCAGUCAGGUUAGCUUUACAAGAGGAGCGAAUAUUUAAUAGUUAGAUUAACAGAAAGCAACCAGUUAGCGGAGGUAGCUUCUCAUCCACAGACUUUACAGAGCCGCUUCCGGUGGUUCUGGUUCCGGUUCUGGACUGUUCGGUUCCUCCGCGGUCUCUUUGCUCUAAAUGUCUGAUCCGGAUCAGAAGGACCUUUAUGCCGUCCUCGGUGCCAGACCCUCUGACUCCCUGCAGCAGCUCAGACUCCGCUACCAACAGCUGGUUCUCAAGUACCAUCCAGACCGUCUCGGAGGUGGAAGUUCAUCAGAGUCUGGUGUCAAGAAGUUUCUAGAAGUGGACGCAGCCUGGAAGAUUCUCAGUGACCAGACCUCUAGAAGACAUUAUGACAUGAAGAGGAGGGAACAGGAACUGAAACAAGACUGGACAGUCGAUUCUACAGUCUACCUGCAGGACAUGACCUGGGACUCAGACGAGUGUGAAUACACGUACUGCUGCCGCUGUGGAGGAAGAUUCAGCGUCUCCAAGGAGGAGGUGGAGCAGCAGCACGCAGAGAGCAUCCUGGGAGAUGAUGAAGUGCACAAAGCCACAGAGAGCGGCGUGCUGGUCUGCUGCGAUACCUGCUCACUAACCAUCUUUGUCACCUUAAAUGAAAAUAUUCAAAUGUCAAAAUAAAUGUUUUAAGUAUAAAACA